AUAUUUUGCCUUUGCCUGGGAGUUGAGACUGUGAGAGUGCUGAAAGGCUAAUCUCUGUGCUGCCACUAUGCAGAUCUCUUGGGUUGUGUGCUCUAUCUGUGUCCUGAUCCAAAUUGCCGUCCACUCGGUAGAAGGGUGGCAAGUGUUUAAAAAUGAUGCUACAGAAAUCAUCCCUGAGCUCCCUGAAAAUACAGAAACACCAGUGGAGCAGAUUUACAGCAACAACAACACAAUGAACCAGGCAAAACAUGGGGGAAGACAGCCACAGCAGUCUCUGGAUCCGAACGAUGCCUCAGAUUUCAGCUGCAGAGAGCUGCGCUCCACCCGGUAUGUCAUUGAUGGGCCCUGCCGCAGCUUCAAGCCCAUAAAGGAGCUGGUCUGCUCAGGCCAAUGUUUCCCCUCCCACCUCCUCCCUAACUCUAUUGGUAGAGGAAAGUGGUGGCGCCAGAAUGCCCUGGAUUACCGCUGCGUUCCCGCGCACGCUCGCACUCAGCGCAUCCAACUGGCCUGCCCCCAGGAAGAGACUCGGACUUACAAAAUCCGAGCUGUCACCGCAUGUAAAUGCAAGCGCUACACUCGCUACCACAACCAGUCUGAGCUGAAGGACUUUGGUAAGGAAACCAUCAGGCCUCAGAAAAACAAGAAGCCUCGUCUCUCCAGAGCACGGGGCAGCAAAUCCAACCAGCCUGAGCUAGAAAACGCCUAUUAGAAGGUCCCUUCUGAGAGGUACUGCCCAACAGCUCUGGAUAUUUUGCAUUUCAUCAAAUGGCAGACAGACAGGCCACAGAGUAAGGUUUUGAAUGCAGUGGAAUCCCAUUGCUCCUGCAACACUAGGUCAAGAGCUCGCAUAGUCAAAGCCUAUCAGAUUCUAACAGCUGUGGUCUGAUGAAAGAGAGAAAUUGAGCUGGUGGGAGCAGCACCUAAAUUCAUUCUGAAAGGAGAGUUAGCCUGGGAAUUUGCAUGGGGUUUUGUGGUGUGCACACUAAGGAAGGCAGAGGAAGCAAAGAUAUUAUGGUAACUGUUCCAUAUAUUACACUUUGCAAAAGGUCGUUGUCCUUACUUUGUCUGAACAGAGCCUUGGAAGCCCUCUCAAAACCACUUAAGGCAGGACAAGAAUGAAAGUAGGGAAACAACAGAAGAGUCAACAAGCUUUGACUGAGUUUUAGGAAAGUAGCAAUAGCAGACUAAGGAAAUUCAAA